GUAAAUUAUUGAGAGGCUAUCUAUCUAUAGCAGUUAUACCUAAUUGUUUAUCGGAAAUUUGCUCACUGUGACGCCUUGUGUUCCUCCCCUUGAGCAUAGCUAUCUGUUCAUUUUUAAAAGAGGAUUUGCUACUCAAGAAUCUUGAUUUGCCAUUCUUGUGUUGAGUGUGAGGGAUGGCUUCCAGAGAAGUAGAAGGUGACCAGAGAACGGAGGAGGAGAGGGCGAUCGAUGAAUGGCUUCCGAUCACGUCGUCGAGGACGGCCAAAUGGUGGUACUCAACUUUCCACAAUGUGACUGCCAUGGUUGGAGCUGGUGUCCUCAGUCUUCCAUAUGCCAUGUCUAGCAUGGGAUGGGGAGCUGGUGUGACAAUGAUGAUAAUAUCAUGGAUCAUCACCCUCUACACACUAUGGCAAAUGGUGGAGAUGCACGAGAUGGUUCCCGGGAAGAGGUUCGACAGGUACCACGAGCUAGGCCAGCACGCAUUUGGGGAGAAACUCGGACUAUACAUCGUGGUUCCUCAGCAAGUGGUGGUCGAGGUCAGCACGUGCAUCAUCUACAUGGUCACCGGGGGCAAAUCCUUGAAGAAGACACACGAGUCGUUGUGCUCCGACUGCAAGGAGAUCAAGCUCACCUACUUCAUCUUGAUCUUUGCCUCUAUCCACUUUUUCCUCUCCCACCUCCCCAACUUCAACUCCAUCUCUGUUGUCUCCCUUGCUGCAGCUGUCAUGUCCCUUACCUACUCUACUAUUGCUUGGACAGCUGCACUUGCAAAGGGAAGUGAUGGUCAUGUGGACUACGGACCAAGGGGCAAGAACACGAAGGACAACGUGUUCAACUUCUUCAACGCGUUGGGAGACAUAGCCUUCGCCUAUGCUGGGCACAACGUGGUGCUGGAGAUCCAAGCAACGAUCCCAUCUCCUUCCAAAAAACCUAUGUGGAAGGGAGUUGUGUUUGCGUAUAUUGUUGUCGCCAUCUGCUACUUGCCCGUUGCAUUCAUCGGGUACUACAUUUUUGGGAAUGAGGUGGAGGACAACAUCCUGCUUGUGCUCAACAAGCCAGAAUGGCUCAUUGCUGCUGCUAACAUCUUUGUGUUUGUACAUGUUGUCGGAGGCUACCAGAUAUAUGCAAUGCCGGUUUUCGACAUGUUGGAGACGUAUUUGGUGAAGGAGAUCAAGUUGAAGCCUAGUUUCUGGCUUCGUUUCACUACUCGUACCAUAUACGUUGCCUUGACUAUGUUUAUUGGUAUGACAUUCCCUUUCUUUGGUGGACUGGUUGGAUUCUUUGGAGGAUUUGCUCUGGCUCCAACUACUUACUUUCUUCCUUGCAUCAUCUGGCUAAUUGUCAAGAAGCCCAAGAAGUUCAGUUUCUCCUGGAUGAUUAACUGGGUGUUUAUUAUAUUGGGUUUGAUGCUAAUGACAUUGGCGCCCAUUGGAGGACUAAGGAACAUCAUUCUAUCAGCCAAGACCUACAAGUUCUACCAAUAGAACUGUCUCCUUUAUCGUUUGAAUUUCAAUAAGAUAUGUUCCUCAUGUUUAGCUAAUAUCAGUUAUCGAUGUUGACGAAAUGUUUGGCUAUAUAUCAAGUGUUAUUUGUUGUUGCUGCAAUUUUGUCACAUUUUAUAUUAUUUUAUUUCAUUCCCAACCCUUAUUCUACUAACCAUAUACUUCGAGUUAGAGUUAUUGCAAUAAAUUCAACAUACAUAAAACGAUAAUAUUUCUCGGUAAAAUAAAAUUUCCAGUUGUACAUAUAUUUUACUUGUGUCAUAUUACUUCGGUGCACAUAAGUGUCAUUCGGUUGUCAUGACUAAUUAU